AUGUCGUUGCUUCCAUCUUGCCCGUAUCACGACAGGGCCAGCAGUAUGGUGGAUCGUGAAUUCUAUCAACCAUUAAACCAGUUGGUUCCUCAAGAUUAUUUCAAGCCUUUCGACAACGUGUUUCGUCCGUUACAUAGAAUGUUAAAACAGAUGGAUCUCCUCGCGUCAUCAAUGAACCGGCUGGCUGUGAACGAGGGAUCGAAUAUAACGUCUGACGGAGAGAAGUUCCAGGUCAACGUGGACGUUCAACACUUCGCGCCAGAUGAAAUAAAUGUUAAAGUGGUCGAUGGUUUUGUAACGAUAGAAUGCAAGCACGAAGAGAGGCGGGACGAGCAUGGAUAUGUUUCUCGACAGUUUAUUAGGCGUUACGCGCUGCCUCAGGGCUGUUUACCAGACACUGUAAUGUCUCGUCUUUCAUCAGACGGGGUCUUGACGGUGACCGCUCCCAAAGUUCUCCCGAUGCCUUCAACCGGUGAACGAAUCGUGCCAAUACAACAGACAGGACCCGUCAAGAAGAUCAUGAGUAACGAAUAG